ACAAAUAUAAUUCAAAUCGGACUUUGUGUAUUCUGUUCUUCUUCUUCCUCGUCGGAUAGAAGAAUUCAAGCCCUAGACAGAGAGAGGUGAAAACCCUAGAUGGAUCUUCUGAAGCAGGAGCUUCUUAAGAAGCGCCAGUCCCUCGCCCAACACACCGGCGGGAGGCGAGUGUUCAAGCGCUCCGAGAUCGAGCAGAAACAGAUCCAGAAGCUACGCGAGGAAGAGAAAAUCGAACUCCAAGCCAAAUCCCAACGCCAAUCCACCACCACCACCACCACCACUACCUCUUCGCAGCCCAAUUCUUCAGAAACUAACGCCACCAGCACCUCCGCCGCCACCUCUUCCGCCUCCGCAUCGACCGCCUCCAAAUCCCUCACGGACGAGCAGAACAUCGACAACCUCGUCCUCCCCAGACAAGAAGUCAUCCGCCGCCUCCGCUUCCUCAAGCAGCCCAUCACCCUCUUUGGAGAAGACGACGAUGCCCGGCUGGAGCGGAUGAAGUUUAUCCUCAAGGCCGGCCUGUUUGAGGUCGAUAGUGACAUGACCGAGGGGCAAACCAAUGACUUCCUGCGCGACAUCGCAGAGCUGAGGAAGCGCCAGAGGACGGGGAUUUUGAGCGACAGGAAGAGGCAGAAGAGCGAGGACGGUAAACCGGAGGAUAGAGAUGGAGGAGGAGGAGAAGAGGAGCUGAGCGGCGAUGGAGGAUCCAGUGGUGUUGACGCCUCCGAUAAGGAUUUGAAGCGAAUGAAAGCCAAUUUCGAGGAGUUGUGUGUGGAGGAUAAGAUUCUAGUGUUCUUCAAGAGGCUGUUAAAUGAGUGGAACCAGGAAUUGGAUGAGAUGCCCGAUGCCGAGAAGCGGACGGCCAAGGGGAAGUCCAUGGUGGCCACGUUUAAGCAGUGUGCUCGGUAUCUGAAUCCACUUUUCAAGUUUUGCAGGAAGAAGGUUCUCCCGGAUGAUAUUCGUCAAGCGUUGCUGGUGGUGGUUGAAUGCUGCAUGAAGCGAGACUACUUGGCUGCAAUGGACCAGUAUAUCAAGAUGGCCAUUGGAAAUGCACCCUGGCCUAUUGGUGUCACCAUGGUUGGUAUCCAUGAACGUUCUGCCCGUGAGAAGAUCUACACCAAUAGUGUUGCCCACAUCAUGAAUGAUGAGACCACUCGUAAAUACUUGCAAUCAGUCAAGAGAUUAAUGACCUUUUGCCAACGAAGGUACCCUGCAAUGCCCUCCAAAGCCGUUGAGUUCAACAGCCUGGCAAAUGGUAGUGACUUGCAAUCUCUGCUAGCGGAAGAGAGGGUUUCUGGGGGUAAUGAAGCCUUUGAGGAGAGGCUUCGGAUAAUGCCUGCCCCAAAGGAGGGCUACUAGCUAUGUAUACUAUGAUCGGUUUGUUGGAUAACAUUAUUUCAGUUCAUGUAGGGACAUAUGUGUGACAUCUGUGCUUUUAUUGUGCUUUCUCAAACUUUCUCACAGAAUGGGCGUUAUGGUU